AUCCGAGUCUCCGAACAAACCUGCAUCCAGCCAUGUAUGCCCCAGUGCUCCCCACAGUGCGUCCAGGCGCUGCAAAUAAAGACAACCUCCUGCGUACAACCUUGCAUGCCAAGCUGUAACGCGCAGUGUGUUCAAGCCGUUACUUGCAGUACCUGCACGAACAAUUGCCCUUCGUCGUGCACCCAGUUGACCUGUAUCCCAGAGUGUAUGCCAAGAUGUCUGCCGCAGUGUCUACAACAAAUCAGCGUGGUACCCACCAGCACCUGUGAUUCGGCAUGUAUGCCGAGCUGCUCGAGGACCUGCGUCCAGAUGAUCGGCCAGUGUCCGCAGCAGUGUAGGCCGAUGUGCACGUCGGCUUGCGUUAAUGCGGUGCCAAUCCGGGCCACGUGCGUCGAACCUUGUAUGCCGUCGUGCAACCCGAUUUGCGUCCAGCAAUUCUCCUACCAACACUCUCCAGUAGUAGCCGCCGCGCCGGCCGUCUGCAUCGACCGGUGCAUGCCGGACUGUAGGGCCACCUGUAUUUCCGAGGGUCCACUGGAAUACCCCGUUCCGGUGGUGACCAACGCCUUGGGCGAGUCCAUCGAGCCCGUGACGAUGGGUCCCGAUUAUGACUUGGUAGUGCUUAAUGCGACCUGUGCCCCCGAGUGCAUGCCCGUCUGUGCCCCGGCCUGCAUCGCCCGAUAUACGCUCUCGAUCCCCGCCACACAAGGCUCCUGUGCGCAGAGCUGUAUGCCAAUGUGUCUGCCUAGCUGCACGCAGAACCAUGGUAUGGAGCCCGCUCCAUCAAUCCCGUGCACCACCUUCCCGUGCAGUUGUCAGCCCGGAUAUGUGCCAUGCGGAUCGAGCACGUGCUGCUUAAAAUACACUAACAUGGCCGCCAAGUUCAAGAAGCUCAAAACGAAGGAAUCGACCGGGAAAUCCUCCGGCCACGAGAAUUAUCUCCUAGCUGACGAUGCUGAGGAAUCAGGCUCCAAUUCGACAUCUACUAUCUCUUCAGUAGCCAACGACAAGACAAUGUCGUCU